CAUGUUCGUCCUGCGGGUGUUCUCGCUGCUUUGCUGCUGCUGCAGGCGCCAAGUGGAGUGUGGACCUUCAACCUUUACGCCGAGCAUCCCACGGUGUACCGGGGACCCAGCGGCAGCUAUUUUGGUUACUCCGUGGACUUUUACCAGGCCACGGCCGACAGCAAAACGUUGAGUGUGUUGGUGGGGGCUCCCAAGGCCAACGCCUCCCAGUCUAGCAUUGUGGAGAGUGGAGCUGUCUACUACUGUCCUUGGCCCGGGACAUCUGACAGCUGCAGACAGAUACCCUUUGACACGUCCGAUAACCGCAUGGUGAAGGUAAAUGGCAGCAGGGAGCCUUUGGAGUUUAAGGCCCACCAGUGGUUUGGAGCAUCAGUCAGGACACACAAAGGCAAAGUUGUGGCAUGCGCUCCUCUAUACCACUGGCGCACUGUGAAGCUGAGCGGGGAAAAGGAUCCGGUCGGUACCUGCUAUGUCGCCGUCCAGAACUUCAGUGCCUACGCGGAAUACUCGCCGUGCCGGACCAAUGAACCAGGCCCAGACGGACAGGGCUUCUGCCAGGCUGGCUUCAGUGUGGAUUUCACCAAGGAUGGAAAGCUGGUGGUAGGAGGACCUGGCAGCUUCUACUGGCAAGGUCAGGUGAUGACGGUGGGCGUGGCGCAGAUACUGAAGGAGUACUCCUCCAAGGCCGUGUUCAGACGAGUUCCAGGAGAAAAACACACCGCUGCCACAGAGGACAAGCAUGAUGACAGUUACCUUGGUUACUCUGUGGCAGUGGGGGAGUUCACAGGAGAUUCUGAACAAGAGCUUAUAGCCGGAGUGCCCAGAGGAGCCCAGAACUUUGGAUACGUGGUGAUGAUCAACUCUUCCAACCUGACCUUCAUCCGGAACUUCACAGGGGAACAGAUGGCCUCUUAUUUUGGCUACUCUGUGGCUGCAACCGACCUGAACGGCGACGGGAUGGAUGAUGUGCUGGUUGGAGCACCCCUCUACAUGGAGAGGGAAAUGGAGAGCAAGCCCAGAGAGGUGGGAAGGGUCUACUUGUACCUGCAGACGGCUCCGCUCACCUUCACCACCCCUGUGGCCCUCACCGGCACGCACACCUUCGGACGCUUUGGAACUGCUAUCGCACCUCUGGGAGACAUCAACGACGAUGGAUACAACGACGUGGCAGUGGGUUGUCCGUUUGGCGGCGAGGACCGUGGAGGGCGAGUGUUGAUCUUUAACGGCCACAGAGAUAUCUCUACGCGAGGCCUGACUAUGAGCCAGGAGCUGAGAGCGGCCUCGGCCUAUGCCAGCGGUCUGUCUGGCUACGGCUUCACCCUGAGAGGAGGCCAGGACCUGGACUACAAUCAGUACCCAGACCUCAUCGUUGGAUCAUUUGGAGCAGGCGAGGUGUCUGUGUACAGGGCUCGAGCCGUUGUGUCUGUGGAUGCUGAAAUGAUCCUGACGCCAAGGAUCCUUAAUCCUGAUGACAGACAGUGUCGUCUGCCACACACCGACACCUUCGUGACUUGCCUGAAGGUGGAUGUGUGUGCAGAAGUGGGUGGAACGGGCAUCCCCAGUUCUGUGGACCUCAGAGCAGAGCUGCAUUUGGAUUGGUUGAAAGGCACCCGAGGAGGCGUGAGGCGUGUCCUCUUCUUAGACUCCCAGCAGCCUCAACUCACCGGACUCCUGAAACUGGGUCACAAGCAUCCUAAGGCCUGCCUCAACUACACCAUUUUUCUAAGGGAGGAGGACGAGUUCCGGGACAAAUUGUCUCCCAUCUCAUUGGCUUUGAACUACAGCCUGGCCCCUGCCACUCAGGGCCAAGCGCUGCCACCUGUCCUGAACUACUAUAGCAGCACCUUCCUGCAAGAGCUUGCCUACAUUCUCCUGGACUGCGGGGACGACAAUAUUUGCAUCCCGGACCUCAAGCUCUCUGCUGGCAUGGACCACUCUGAGCUGGUGAUUGGUGACGACAACUUGCUCAUGUUGACCGUCACAGCUGCAAACCGAGGAGAAGGAGCCUACGAGACGGAGCUCCACGCUCUGAUCCCACCAGAGGCCGACUACAUUGGCGUGGAGAGGAAAGUGGAGUCUUUGGCCCAGUUGAACUGCGAGUACAAGAUGGUGAACGAGUCCAGGAUGGUGGUGUGUGACCUGGGAAAUCCCAUGGUCACUCAAACAGAGCUGUCUGUCGGUUUGCGGUUUUCCGUCCAAAGGCUGGAAAACGCCGGACCCAAGAUCAGCUUCGAGUUACAGAUCCACAGCUCCAACAAAGACAAUCCUGACAGCAACGCAGUCAGCCUCAAUUUGGCCGUCGUUGCCAAAGCUCAAGUUGAUUUACGAGGGGUGUCUCAUCCCUCUCAGGUGGUGCUGCCGUUCCCACGGUGGGAGCCCAAAGAGAAACCUGUCAAGGAAGAUGAUGUGGGUCCGCAGGUGACGCACAUCUAUGAGCUCCACAACUCGGGUCCCAGUAGUAUUCGGCAAGCUGAGGUUGAGGUGGGCUGGCCUGCCCGUUUCCGUGACGAGAACCUGCUGUAUGCCAUGGAGAUUAGGACUGAUGGACCAAUUAGCUGCCGGACGAAUAGCAGUCUCAACCCACUGGGCCUUCAGAUAUCAUCCCUCCAAGACACUCCUGAACUUCUGGGCUUUUUGAGGAACACCAGCUCCCCUCCACGUCGCCACAAGCGAGCCGUCAACGCCCCCCACAGUCACAGCGGCAAAACCCUGAACUGCACGAACAUCUCCUGUCUGAGGAUCACGUGCGUGGUGGGCCGCUUAGAUCGGGGCCAGAGCGCGGUGCUUAAGGUCCGCUCCAGACUGUGGGCGCAUACAUUCCUGCAGCGGCGUAAUGACCCCUACAUUCUCAACUCCACUGUGUCCUUCAUGGUCCUAGCUGUGCCUUAUCGGGUCCAGCCCCCCACCCUGCUGCAACGAACCAUCUCGAUGGGGACACCAGUGAUUUGGGGGACACCGGACGUGUCCUUUGCCGUCCCACUGUGGGUCAUCAUCCUGGCUAUACUGCUGGGGCUGCUGGUGCUCGCCAUGUUGACGCUCGCCAUGUGGAAGUGCGGUUUCUUCGACCGGGUGAAACCACCAGCCGAUGACAACAUCUCUGACCAAGAGCAGCUGACGUCUGAUCGAACGGGGGACGCCUAAAAAAAUUUUUUAAAAGACAAUUAUAACAAAUCCUGAUAGAAGGACUGGGAUUUUGGAGGAACGUGCACCUUCCGACUGAAAUAAUCAGAUCUGAGAUCUGGAGUCGUUGGACCUGACUGACAUUUUUCCCCUCCUGCCAACAAACUGACCAGAAAAAAGGGCGCCGUAAUUCUCUGGAUCAGGCGGACAUGAGGCCUCCAAAGACCGAUGUUGACCACAGCACACUUUAAUGUUUGCUUGUGGGAUGAAGGAGCUCACUCCAGUUCUUCACACUUUGCUUGUUGGAGGCUCACAGAUUUGAGAGUGAGGAUGAAGCAGCCACAGUAUUAGGUACACCUGCACCAUACUAUCCCAAUGCAAAAGCACACAGGAGGAUGCUUGUGUCCUGCAGUUACCUUAUUUCAGUUUUUCCCCUUACUGGAGCUUUUCUUCCUGUCACUCACACACAUACUAGCGAACUGGUUACACAGAGGUUUGGCAAAUUGGCAAACAACAAAAAAGGGGUUUAAUUAUUUAAACAGCUUCUACCAGAGCUUUUCUUCCUGUCACUUACACACAUCAGUGACAGGAGAACGCAGAGGUUGGGCAAUGAGCAAACAAAAAAGGGGUUUAGAGAUUUGAACAGCUUCUCCCAAAGCCAGUCAGCGCUUUUCUCCCUGGCGACACAAAGGUUGUGAGAAAAAGAAGUGUAGAGGUGUAAACGACAUUUCACAAAGCCGGUCAAAACUUUUCUUACUGUCACUCACAUACCAGAUACCUGCCAAUGUAAAGGUUGGACGAGUUAGCAAUCAACAGAGAUGGGGUCUGGACAUUUAUAUGGUGUCUCCCAAAGCCAGUUGGAACUUUUCUUCCUCUUACUCACACAGACCGGUGACCUUGCGACACAGAGGUUGGGCGAGUUUGCAAACAACAGAAGAUGUUGAGAUAUUUAAAUAACUAUUUCCAAAGCCAGUCAGAAAAACUCUGACAUAUAUAUAUAUACAUAUAUAUAUAUAUGUAUGUAUAUAUAUAUGUAUAUAUAUAUAUAUAUAUAUAUAUAUAUAUAUAU